GUGUGUGGGUUCUCCUUUCUCUUUUUAUUAUGACUAUGAUGAAUGGUUGCUUUUUUUUUUAGCUCAAUGCAAUUGACAAUUUUUCACUUCUAUCUCACAUUAUAAAUCUGAUAUAUGCGGUGAGAAAGGCAAGAACUGAUGCUGUUGCUUUCAUUAUCUUUUUCAGUUUUGACUCUAAUAUUUUCUGGUUAUCAAGCCAUCAUAGAACCAGUCCAACAUUUCUCUUUUUCUUUUAUAUAUGUUUUUGGAGAAAAUCUACUGGAUUAAGAAAGUGCUAAGAACCUGUUAUGUCACUGAAUAAAACACGCUGAAUAGUUGAAUAAAUAGUCUUCUUUGCAUCUUUUACGAACUAGUAUCAUGAACUUCAAUAGAUGAGAGAAAAAAUUGGGAGUAAAACAAAAAUAAUGCAUGGGCUUCUAGUUCAUAAAAUAAAAAGCCCAUCGCUGAUAUUGACAUAAUAUAAACGUGUAACAUACGCAAUUCACACUAUAUUAACUGUCUUCUCCGCCCUAAUUCAUUUCAUCACAUUUAACCCUCAAAAUGUCGACCAGAUCUUCCGCCGUCGCGAACGUCGACCAACCACCGCGUAAGAAGAUGUCGAAGCAGUCCCCGGAGAUCUCUCUUUGGUCCCUUCCUUACGAUUUGAUAUUGAAUAUCAUAGCGCGCGUGUCGAGAAUGUACUAUCCAACUCUCUCCCUCGUCUCCAAAAAGCUCGGAUCCGUCGUUUCCUCGCCGGAGCUUUACCAGACCCGCUCUCGCUUAAACCGCACCGAGAGUUGCCUAUAUCUGUGCUUACGCUACUAUCGAGACCACCCUCUUGACCCUAACCCACAUUGGUUCGCUCUCUGCAUGAAACCAAACAGAACCCUAACCGACCGUCUUUUCAUCCCAGUCACGUCUCCCGAUGUGCGUCAUGAGCGAUCUACGGGUCUAACAUCUAAGGAUGUUAGCAUCGUAGCCGUUGGGUCAAACAUCUACAAGAUGGGCGGGUACACGCCCUCUUCUUCUGAAGUCUUGGUGCUUGAUUGUCGGUUCAACACGUGGCACAGUGCUCCAGUGAUGCGAGAGAAGCGGAGCUCCCCUGCCGCAAGCUUAGUUGACGGGAAGAUAUAUGUAGCGGGAGGGUGUGAAGAUGUCAACUCCGAGAACUGGGUAGAGGUAUUUGAUCCAAAGACUCAAACGUGGGGAAGUGUGGCGAACCCUGGCACUGAGAUACGCCCGUCAGGAGCUGAACUCGAGAGCUUUGGAAUUGAAGGAAAGUUGUACCUCUUUGGUCAUAACCGUAAGUGUGUGGUUUACGAUCCCAAGGAAGCUAGAUGGAACCCGAUGAUAGAGUUGGGUAUGGGUAUGGAUAUGGAUGUGGUUAUGGGUAUGGGUAUGGAUAUGUAUGAGGCUAUGGAUAUGGAAAUGGAUAUGACUGGUGUGGCUUCUGCAGUGUCCUAUUUUCACUGCGUGAUAGGAGACGUCUUGUUUCUUUGGAAUGAAAGAGAGUUUAGAUGGUACGACUUUAAUGCAAGUUCAUGGAAGAAGUUGAAUGGUGUUGAAGAUUUGCCUGAUUUUGAUGGAGAUUGUAAAAUGGUGGAUGUUGGUGGAAAGAUGGCUGUCUUGUGGAAGGUUUUUGGACGUGGCGAAGAGAGAUCUAUUUGGUGUGCUGAGAUUGCGCUUGAGAGGCGCGGGGACGAGAUGUGGGGGAAGGUGGAGUGGUUUGAUGUCGUGCUCACAACCCACGAGCAAUGUGGCUUGUUCGAUGCGGAUAUUCUUUCUGCUACUGUUUGAUUGAAAUGACUGCUAGCUGAUGAGAACAUGCGGCUUGAACGGUGAUGAAAGGAUGAAGAAUCAUUCACUAGUGCGGGUAGUUUCGUUUUUGUUUUUGAGUAUUUGCUUUCUUUGAGGUAUAUCUCCCUUUGGUUGAUAUGCGACUCUAAUGAAUUAUUGUUUCAUGUUUUUUUUUUGAAAGCUUUCUUUAUAAUUGUUUCAUGUUUUUUUAGCAUAAUAGGAUUUUGCAUUUGUUUCACAAGUAAUGUGUUGAUGAUUUAGCUUUGCUAAUUGUGGUGGCAAUUAUAUUGACCAAUGCAAAGAACUUUUAUUUGUGUUUGGAUAAAAAGGAUACACUUCAAACUACAUUGACGAGAAUAAUGAGUGGUCAGAAAAAUGGAGGUUUUGCUGUUUAAAGGUAAACCUAUCUAUAUAUUCAUGUCUUGAUCACGGAGCUACUAGAAUGGGGUUACUUUUAGUGUGAAAGAAUCUAUAGUUCUAGGGGCUGUUUGUUUCACCAUUUGUCAUCUCCAUCCAAAUGAUUCAUUUGUAUGAUCUAUUCAAAUGAUCCAUUCAGAUUUUUGUGAUUGUUUGUUUGUUCAUCCACAUGGCUCAUCUAGAUGAAUCAUCUAAAUGGAUUUUAUGUUUGUUUUUUUAUUUUCAUUUCCAUUCAAAUGAGUUUAGUAAACAAAUCAC